AUGGCCUCUUACAUUGUUACGGGAACUUCCAGGGGCAUUGGGUGGGAGUUCCUCCGUCAGCUAUCCAGCGACGCCAAUAACACUGUCAUCGGCCUAGUCCGAGAUAAGUCUGCGACCGAGAAAAAGGUGUUGGAAGAACUACAGGGGCGGUCCAACGUGCAUAUCUUACAGGCUGACAUCACCGACUAUGGCUCUCUGCAGAGCGCUGUUGCAGACACGGCUAAGAUUACCGGCGGGAGGCUUGACUACCUAAUCGCCAACGCCGGUAUUGUGCCUCAAUUCGAUGCCUAUGAUCCGAUUGGGGUUCUGGGUCAACAACCCGAAGCCCUUGAAGAGAGUCUUCUGAAAUGCUUUAAAAUCAACGUCAUCGGCAACAUCCACCUGUUCAAUCUAUUCAUGCCGCUCAUCCAGAAAGGCCAAGUAAAAAAGGUGAUUUCUAUUUCCACUGGUCAGGCUGAUCUGGAAAUUAUCCCCAAGUUGAAGAUACAGCCAGCUUCAGCAUAUUCCAUUAGCAAGGCCGGUCUGAAUACUGCGGUGGCAAAGUUCAGUGCACAGUAUUCUAAGGAUGGAGUGCUCUUUAUGAGUAUUUGUCCCGGGAUGGUUGAUACGGGGCACUUUGUCGAUGCAACCCCUGACCAGAUGAAAGGUCUGAUGGAGAUGCUGGGGUCGUUUGCAGAAUAUGCCCCCAACUUCAAAAUGCCCAGCACCGUGGAGGCUGCUGUCAAGGACGUGAUAUCUGUGAUGAAUAAGGCGAGUGUCGAGAAUGGGGAUGGUGGCUCUUUUGUUUCGCACUACGGUAACAAACAAUGGCUUUAA